GCAGCGCCCAUUUUAUGCACGAUGCGACAAUCUUGGUCUUUUCUUUUAUCGUCUUGUCACAUAAAUGUUUGUUUGAGGCAAUGCAAGCAAAUGUUUCAAAAACGCAACACACAUUCUUCCUUUAGAGAAUUAAAAAAAUUCUACAAAAAUGCUUCGAUUACUACUUCUCAAGGCUGGUAUGAAAUAAAUUUGGACAAAAGAAAGCUCCGUACGCCAGGCGGAAAGAUCUUCCAAGUUCCGAAUGAAGCUCUAGCUUUAGCUGUUGCAACAGAAUGGAAUAAACAGAAAACACACAUCAGACAACAUACGAUGCACCUGACAUCUUUGUGUAACACAGCUAUAGAUAACCCCAUGCAUCGAACUAGAGAAAGUUUAAUGGAAUCAAUCAUCCACUUUUUAGAAACAGACACAAUAUGUUACAGAUUAACAGAACCACCGCAGUUGUAUGAACUGAUGUGCAAUGAAUGGGAUCCUUUGUUACACUGGGCAAAAGACAGACACGGUAUUGAGAUAGAGCCCACAACAGGAAUCGCGACACCAGGCGUAUCUCCUCAGACAGUUGAAACCAUCCGGCGACACUUAAUGUCGUACAGCGACUGGGCACUGUUCGGUUACGACUAUGCAGUUGAUGCUAUCAAGUCACUCAUCAUAAUAAUGGCGUUGUUGGAUAGAGAAAUCAGUAUUGACAAAGCUGUUAACUUGGCAAGAUUGGAGCUAGAAUUUCAGAUACAGAAAUGGGGCAAUGUAGAGUGGCACCAUGACCUUGACCUAUAUGAACUAAGAACAAGACUUUCGGCAUCCACACUGUUUAUUCACUGGUCCAAUGAGAACAGCUCCAUCAAGGAAAAGGCUUCUCUCGCAAAACAGUUUGUUUAAUGAUGAUGGCUAUUUCAUAUUUAUUAAACUGUGAUGUUUGUAAUUAUAGCAAACUAAUUGAUAGACGAAAUAUUUAACAACGGUUUAAUGUAUUCAGGACAUGGAGGAAUGUCAAUAAACUCAAAAUACUUUAUUAUUGGCCUCCAUAGUGCAGUGGUUAGAUAGUGCAAAUGAAAGUUGCUAGGUACUAGGACUGCACUCUAGUAGCAAGUCCAAAACUUAGUGAGGACAGUAACUAAACCAGCUUCUCCCUCACUGAUUAUUAAGUAUUAGAAUAAAGUGAAUUAACCUAAUUUCAUUGCUAUUCAGAUCUGUCAGUUUGAUGGUCUGGGGGGAUAAAAAUACAUGUAUUUCAGGACCUGAUCCUGUUGGAUUGGGUGGGAGGGGGUGAAUUUUGAACACAGCAUUUCAAACCUUCUGAACAGAGUAACAGGGAAAAGUGAGGGCCAUAGCCUCUGCUGGCCCCCGCCCCUCCCUCCACUCCAUGGUCCAUGUAGUUUAGCAUUAAAGCCGCACACCCUAGUUCCAUCUAGCGAAAAUAAAUUAUAAUUUGGUUAAUCUACAAACCUGUAACACACUUAGAUCACGUUUUUAUCAAAUGGAGUGAAAAAGCAGGUUUUAUAUCG